CUGGCUAAAUUUCUUUUUAUACCAGUGCUACCUUUGCACCUUAGCGCACGGAAGACAGAAAGCACUCUUGGUUCCACUCCACUUCUUCCGCCACCGAUCGGAAUGCACCGCCACAGCCCCUAUAUCUCCGCCUAAGGCCUUCCAUCCGAUCUCCGUCAUCGAUCAAGCUCAUCAUGGAGCCUCACCAGGACCGUGGAUUUCCCCAGAUCAUGGAGCUGCCCGACAUGAACAAUCAUGAUUCGGACGGCUCGGGGUCCUCCGACGAGCUCCUUCAGCAGCCGUACGCCGCCCUCUCGAAUUCGGGCUACUCGGAGAACUUUGACCCCCAGAUCCAAGGCACUCCGGCGACCACCAUCACCUCCUCGCCUCCUCCAUCGCAUUCGAGCGGCCUGCCCUCCUGGUCUAGCACCACGUCCUCACGUCCCCGCGGUGCCAGCGUGGGCACUCCGUCGGCCCUGGAUCAGGUGCCGCCAAUGGACGGUGCCGACCUGAGACUCCAACGCCCGUCAGGCCCCGCCAGAACGCCGUCCAACACCUACGCCCCUCAACGCCGUCCACCGCAGUACAUCAGCCUCCAGAAUGACCGCCGCCGAUCCUCCUCGAAUAAGCGAACCCCGAGACGCGACCCCAACGCGCAGUAUCGGGCGCAGGAAAAGGCAUAUGUGCAGCGGAUCCGUGCGGACCCGCAGGCGUGGUAUAGCCACUUCGAUGAGGCUCAAAACAUGGGACCGGCCAUCGGGGACUCGGACCUAGAGGAACCGUCGCCUUCGUCGGAGGUUCCCUUCGAGGAUGACGCCUACGACCCGGAUACGCAGCUCUUCCUUUCGGACGAUAACCAGCCAACGCUCGAAGAGCUGAGGAACCCAAAGAACCAGGAGCGGCUGGAAUGGCACUCGAUGUUGGCGUCGGUGCUGAAAGGAGACGUCGUGAAGCAGGAAAAACAGCGACUGCUCGGUUCGGCGGAGACGAAACGCUCCGCGGCCCAGAACAGUGCCAUCUGGUUGGGUGUGAGAGCCCGGACUUGUGGACGCAGCGUCGCUCUACAACGGAAACUGAUUGAAGAAGCACGCGGGGCCCUGGGGCCUAUCGUUGAGGAUAUCAUCAAGUUCGAGAUAAAAGGAGAGACAGAGAUUGGGAAAUCACCGAUCAAGCAGGUGGAGGAUAUCGUGGAGGAGAUUGAGAAGUGUGAGAUGCUUUACUCGACCCAUAAAGAGUUGGAAAGCGAGCAGCCUCGGGUCGCCUCGGAGGAGUUCUGCUCUAGCCGUGAGGCGGUCUUCGCAUGGCACAACACCACAAUUCUUAUCAACACGGAACUCGCUAUCUUGCGGAAGUGGGUUGGAAACGACGAGCUUGACUUUAGCAAGACGAGGGACAAGUCGACCAACAGCGAUCUUUCGGACGAGUCGUCUUUCCUGGACCGCAUCAUGAAGGAGGACGGGCUUCGGACGCUUCAGGGAGACCACAACAUGUUGAUUGACAUUGGUGAAGUGAUCCAGAAGGCCAAGAGCACCUUGAUUGAGAAUGCAAGCAAUUUCGCCAAGCGCCAUCUGCCUCCCUACAUCGAGGAACUGCUGACUCUCAUCAAUUUCCCCUCCCGUCUUAUUCAAGAGAUUAUACGGGUUCGACUCUCUUACGCUAAGAACAUGAAGGACCCUGCCUCGCAGUCUCCCAUCUUGGUCGAUCAGAUGAUCUCACAGUUCCAGAUUCUGAUGAAGGUUGCAGUCGAAAUUAAGCAACGUUACUUGGACAUUGCGAGACCUGAACCUGGCUGGGAUCUCCCGCCUUGUAUUGACGAGAACUUUGAUUCGGUUGUCUUGGAUGCCCUCAAAUACUACUUCCGACUUCUGAACUGGAAGCUGAAUGCGAACAAGAACACCUUCAAGGAGGCGGAAAUUCUCGAACAAGACUGGGAAUUCUCUAAUCAUAUUGGACGCCAGCUUGAAGGUGGAGAUAUCGAAGUCGCUGAACAAUUUAGUGCUUUGACCGCAAAAUCACUCCAGCGUCUAAUGAUUCAUUUCGAGCGGGAAUUGACGAUACUUCCCGACGAAGACCCGGCAGAUAUGGACAAGCGUUAUAAGAGCGUUCUGGAUUCGACUCGGAUUCGUCAACGAAAGCUUUACCGUUUCUCCAGGUUCCUUCGGCAACUUUUCGAAAAUGCCACCGAGUACAACAUUUCCACUGAUAUCGCCUAUGAUUUCUUCGAGGCGCUGCUUAUCUCGGAUCAUUUUCUCAUCAAAUCCGCUACUUCUAUUGGCCAGAAGGGCGUGUAUUUGUUUGCUCACCCUGCGCUUUGGGAUCGUCCCACCGACAUCCAAGCAAUUCUUAGAACGUCGUUUCGCGAAGAAGAUUUGCCGAAAGACUCGCCCCUUUCGCCGUACUUGCUGGUAGUUCGGCCCGAGAAGCCCUUGACAUGGGCCGGCAGGGAAAUGCAGGUGGAUGUGUUGGAGCAACCUACGGACAUACGACUCGCAAAGCUUCGCCUCGUGGUUGAAGGAACACAGCAGCGUUUGUCUAAUGCGCGUCAAGAGUUGGCACAAUUGACCGGAAUUCAGCUCGACAUGGCCAUUGAGCAACGUGCGAAUCUGGGUCGUGUCAACGUGGAGCUUAACAAGAUCAAGAAGACCUCGUUCAAACUCUCUAUGACCAUCAUGGACAGUGUGGCGAUCAUCCGGGAUCAGCUCAAGGAGAGAGGCAUCGAGAACCUCGAUUUGAUCCAGGCCUGUUAUGCCUUCGCUACUGAGUUCGGUAAUCGUUCUUCAAACGUCGACCCCAACAGACGGGCAAUGAAUAGCGCCAGACUUGUCGAGCUGUCACUCGACUGGGUGUCCUUCAUUUGUGAUGACUGUGAUGCCGCCGAUCGGAAAACAUUCAAAUGGGCCGUGUCCGCACUUGAAUUCGCCAUGGCCAUCACCUCCAGCAGGCAUCUUCUUUCCAUCGACGAUGAACAAUUCUCUUGUCUGAGGCAGAAGGUCGCUGGAUGUAUGUCGCUUCUGAUAUCUCACUUUGACAUCAUGGGCGCUCGAUCCUCUCGCGCUGCUCAGGCCGAAAAGCAGCGAAUGGAGGAGCGAGUAGGAGGACGGAAAUUCGGCGCCGGCCGGAUUUUGACCGACGAAGAAGCUACAAAACUUGUGCGUGAACAACGCUUGUCUCAUCUCCACGAAAUUGAGGAUAGGCGAGUUGAGGAGAACGCGAAGCGUCAGGCAUUGGGCAGGGUGCUUGAAGGGUCUAACGAAGCCGACCGGUCCUUGACAGUCCUGUCAUCUUCCGCCACCAACGUGACUCUACGGUGGCAGCAAGGACAAUUUAUUGGCGGCGGAACGUUUGGCUCCGUUUAUGCUGCCAUCAACUUGGAUAGCAACUACCUCAUGGCCGUCAAAGAAAUCCGACUUCAAGACCCGCAGCUUAUUCCCAAGAUUGCCCAGCAAAUUCGCGACGAGAUGGGCGUCCUUGAAGUUCUGGACCACCCGAACAUUGUGUCGUAUCAUGGCAUUGAGGUGCACCGUGAUAAGGUCUACAUAUUCAUGGAAUACUGCUCCGGGGGCUCUCUGGCGAGCUUGCUGGAGCAUGGUCGCGUGGAAGACGAGACCGUCAUCAUGGUCUAUGCCCUUCAGCUUCUCGAAGGAUUGGCAUACCUACACCAAUCCAGCAUCGUGCACCGGGACAUCAAGCCCGAGAACAUUCUCCUGGACCACAACGGGAUCAUUAAAUACGUUGAUUUCGGAGCCGCCAAGAUCAUCGCCCGCCAGGGUCGCACGGUCGUCCCCAUGGAUGCCUUUGCUGGCCCCAACCCCAAGGACGCGCUUGUUCCCAAAGACGCGCAGCUCGCGCAGCAACGAGGCAAAAACCAGAAGACCAUGACCGGAACUCCGAUGUAUAUGUCUCCGGAGGUCAUCCGAGGAGACUCGUCGAAGCUGGUCCAUCGCCAGGGCGCCGUCGACAUCUGGUCUCUCGGAUGUGUGAUUUUGGAGAUGGCCACCGGUCGUCGUCCCUGGUCUACCUUGGAUAACGAGUGGGCAAUCAUGUACAACAUUGCCCAAGGAAAUCAGCCGCAGCUGCCUAGCCGAGAUCAGCUGAGUGAUCUAGGAAUCGACUUCCUUCGGCGUUGCUUCGAGUGCGAUCCAUUGAAGCGAUCGACCGCGGCCGAGCUCCUCCAGCACGAAUGGAUUGUCUGCAUCCGACAGCAAGUUGUGCUGGAGCCGCCGACUCCCAGCAGUGACCACGGCAGCAGUAUGAGCUCCAAUUCUUCCAACAGUCGCAACAACUCCUAUUAUUAUAGUUAGUCCUCUUAUGAUUUUUUUUCUAUCAGCGAUAUUUUGUUUUUCCUUGCAUCCCCUUGUUGGAUUCACUUGAUUUCUUUUCAAAACCCACGCGCUCUCCCCAUGCCCAUACACCACAAGAUUGCAUUUGAUACCCAUACAACUGCCACAAUCUCGUUCAGACCUGUGUUCAUUAACUUACCGCCCUUCUUUCCUUCGGGAACUGUCGUUUGUCAUCUUUCUGGUCCGAGUUGUUUGUUCUGGUUUAUUUUUUUACCUGAGACCGGGAGGAACUCGUUUGAUUUUUGUUCUUUUUUAUUUGCUCUGUAUAUAUCGAUGCUCAGGAACACGAAGGGCUCGAAAUGUUAGGUGUUUAGGUACGGAAUGAGAUGAAUUGAUAUGGUAGUCAGGUGUAUUAAGGCUAGCCAUUACAGAUUUACCUAGAUGGAU